GUGAAUGUACAGUGCGGCUUAAUGUCCUUUGGCGCUUUUUGGGUCGCAAUGGCGGCCGCGAUCUCUGCGCCCUGGAACUACACGCUGAUCCGUUUCUUCAUAGGUUGUGCAGGCGCCACGUUCGUGACCAACCAGUUCUGGUGCUCGCUGAUGUUUGCCCCCAACGUUGCUCGGUAG